AUGAGUUCAAACCAGGCUUUGCGUUCAACACUUGUUGUUGUUGUUCUUCCUCAAUGGUAUUACAACAACACCGGGAACCUUGCGAUUCUCCAGGCUUGCAACCUGCCGGUGCCCGCAACGGCUCCCAUUUGUCGUUGGUUUCGGACCGGUUUUGUCGCCGUUGCGUCCGACGGAGCCGUCCAACGCGGUUCGGCACCCUGCGGCGGCUCCGCGGCUCUCGACGAGUACGGUGAUUUCUCUAUGGCAAUGCUCGUGGAGCGGGAAGAGUGGCUGAAGACAACUGCGUGCGAGUUGGUUGAAAAGCUGCGAACGCUGGACUUGCGCUAUGUCGGGGUGAAUGUGGAGGACCUGAGGGCGAUACUGUUCAACCCCAGCCGGUGGACGCAGGAGGAUGCACAGCAAGAUAUCCGGUUGAUCGAGGAGAUCGUCGACUUGCUCGAUCAAUUCCCCCAGAUUCGACGGACUGACUCGAUAGACGAGGAUUCCUGGACGCUUUGCGACCUGCACGGUUUCGGGUGCACUCGCUUCGGCCCGAGCAUGUGCCCCUGCAGCCAAAUGGUGUGGGAGGUGCUUAGUUUGGAAAACAUCGAUGAAGUCGGCGAGAAACUCCAAUCCAUUCAAGAGGACCUCGUGUCGAGGGUCAAUGCCUUCACAUCCUUCCACGAGUGCUACCGACACACGGCUGAGCCGCUUCCGGCUCUCGGCUUGCUAUUGGGGCUGAUCAAAUGGGAGGCGGGCGAAUGGGAUUACUGGGUGCCAUCAUUGAAGUGGAGUGGCGAGGAUGAGCUGGAACAUCCAUUGUUGCUCGAAGCAUGUACGGAAGCAUUGGAGCUCCUUUGUUUGCUCGUCCAGGAUGCCAUGGAUGUAGUAAGCCAAUAUAUUUGGAGCCAGGGUCCGAGCCACAACGCGAUGAAGUAUGCGUGGGUUCACUACUGGCUGUACUUAGAUGAUGGUGACGUGGAGGAAUCGAAGACCCUGGCGACUCUUGGAGAAGUGAGACAAGAGGUGAGAAGAUCCAUGGCACUGAGGUCUGUGAGGCCACGCGUUCAGGAUUGCAGAGAUGCACAGGUUCUGGCCGAAGUCCGUUCCCUGAAAGAGUCCUUGAUUGCGGGAAGACUGGCUGAGGGAGAAGCUUCAGAAGGCCAACCAGGAAGUGGCAGAACCAUCAAGGACUUGGAGGGUCAGCUCAGGCAGCAGCAGCAAUUUCUUGCUGCGAAAGUCAUUGAGGUGGAGAAAUCUACGUCACGUGCCCACUUAGCUGAAGCCAUGUCUGAAGAAUUUCAAGGUGCAUUGGAGGCGGCAGAAGAGGAGAAUCUCAAGCUGCAGAAGGAGUUGAAGAAGUUGAAGUUGGAGAACCGAAUUUUGAAGAUGAGGGAGCAGAAGGACAUGCAAACAAAGGCCUUGAAGACCAAGAGAUUGAAGGAGCCGAUGCGCCACAUUCUUGAAGGCCCAGUGGAGGGAGCCGAUGCCGACGGCUCGGAUGGAUCGUGGACAGAUCUUCAGAAAGAUCAGAAAGGCAGCGAAAGCUCGGAGGAUUCUUGCUGUUUCAUGCUAGAUGAGCUCUUCCAGAUGCAUGGUGGAACCUUCUUGAGCAGCCAGCAUUUGUUCGCGGGCGCCCACGUGGUGGCUGCAGAUGGGAGCUUUCUGCGGGUGGCCUGCGCUCCGGCGAUCCAAAUGGCAGCGGAUUCAGUGAUUUUGGAAGCCGAUGGAGACCCGAUCGCCAAGCUGCAAGUCACGCCGGAUCACCGUAUCCCUUGCGCAUCCGGCGAGAUUGUUCGUGCAUGCCGACUCCAGCCCGGCGACACGGUCAUGGUGAAUGGUGAAGAAGCCAAGUUGACGAAGGUGCAAAUGGUUCCUGGCCCUGUACAAUGUGUGAAGAUCAUUUUCGAUUCCGACAAGGCCGUCGGCAGCUUCGCGGCGCCGCCCAGCAUCUGGUCCCAUGGGGGGCAGCAGAAGAAGACACGCCGUGGCGGAGAGAAGUAUCAAAAGGCCAAGGGCUCCAAGGGAUCCAAAGACGGUGGCGACGACACUCGGAGCAUCCCCGACACCAAGUGCGAGUACUCGGAUUGA